CAUCCUUUUGAGAAUGCACCUUGCUUUGUCAGUCAGUGUUGAAGGAGAGCAUGGUUGGUUAUUUGGCAGACUGUCAGUUCCUCAAUAUAAUCAAGUGUCAGGAUCUAUGAUAAGAAAAGAAGGCGCCUGAGCUGAAUCCGUGAUCGACACUGGAAGCGAACGGUAGCUACUAAACGUGAAUUUGCUAGCUCAUAAGAUAGGCUAAGGGGAUUAAAUCAGAAAGGGAAACGCGCUAGCUAGGUGGCUAUGACAAGCAGGUGAUGAUUUUACUGUUUGGCAUGUCUAAACCUUUUUGUUAUUUUUAGCUAAUGUUAGCUGGCUUGUUAGCCUAGUUUCUCAGUGUGUCUGUCACCGGAAUCGAUGUAAAUGGCAGAUAACUGGCAGGACGCGACCUCGCAGCAGAUCAAGUUGAUUGCAGAUCGCCUGAAUGAACUACUCUCCACUGGCGUAAACCUCCUGCACUCCGAGCUCGGUGUGGAUUUGGGUCUAAAGCCCGAGCUUUAUCCGCCAUGGGUUAUCCUCUUAGCGGCGUGUAUUGGACUAGUGCUCAUGGUGGCGUUGUGGGCCUGGGCCUGUCGUGGUGUCUUCAAGAAACGACCGACCAUUACCGCCGUCGCUGACAGCGUGGAUGAAUCUAAAGCAGUAUUCACCAAACCAAUGCUUAGGAACGAGGAGCCUAAGAGGAAGAAGAGGAAACCAGUGGAAAAGAAACCCCAGCCAAACGGCCGUGCGGUAGGCGAGACAAAGGAGGAAAUCAAAGCGACGGAGGAUGUGCCGCAUCAUGCACAGACAGAUGUGAAGCCAGAAAAGGUUUCAGAGGUCAAGAAGGCGAAGAAGAAGCCUAAACAAGCUGUGAAGGAUGUGAAGGGGACUGCUGAUGGCAAAGAACCAGAAGAGGGCACGUGGGAGACCAAGGUCAGUAACAAGGAGAAGCGAGAGCAGCGGCGUAAGGACAAGGUCCCCGGAGACGGGUCUGGCAGCCCCGGGGGGGGAGGCUCCCCCCCGAGCAUCACUCCCCCUGAGCUGACCAAGGCUGCUGCUGGAGCCCAGAAGAAGAAGAAAGGGGAGGUCUCCAGGGCCAAAGCUGAGAAAGAUGUUGUCACUGCUCAAGUUGACAGCAGCGAUGCUGGCCGGACAGAUUUAUCUGUCAAGGCCCCAGCCCAAGUGACUGGCCCAGACAGGGUGCACUUCCCUGCCAAUCACAGUGUUGCACAGGGGACUCCAGAGCCCGCCUCCAGAUGGGGGCAGGAAACAGAGGGUGAGGGGUCAUGGAAUGUCAUUGACGCUGGGAUGUGCUCCGGAGUUGGCACUGCUCCUGUGGAGCCCUCGCCUGUGACUGAGGUUCCCUGGCUCGGCCCGCCACAAGUAGAAGACGAGUGGUCUGGAAAGAAUGGGGAGUCCAUGGACCCCAGUUCAGACUGGGCGGCCCCCUCUGAGGCCUGGGUGAACCAUGAGGAGCUCCCCGUGGUGGAGGACCCCCCAGCAGUGGCCCCCCCAGCAGUGGCCCCCCCAGCUCAAGAGGAGGUGCCCCCAGAGCCUGCCAAGGUGUCGGAUGAGGAGGAGAAGGAGAAAGCCGACGCCACGGCAGACGGGAGCGGGAAAUCGAAAAAGAAGAAGAAGAAAAAGAAGAAGCCGGCAGAGGAAGGAGGAGGAGGGGCUGACCAGAUUAUCACGUCGGAAAUACUCAAUCGUCAAAAAGCCCGGCCCCAGGGUGCUGUCAUCCUGCUCUCCUCAUGCCAGCCUGUCCCUGCAUGCCCUUGUCACCAGGACGGAGAGGAGCCAGAGAGGGAGACGGAGGCUGCCGUGAAGAAGCAGCCAGCCCAGGAAACGGGCACCUCUUCCCAGCCAGCCAGCGCUGUGGCGCCCCCUGCUGCAGUGGAGGUGCCCCAGCCCCCCCCUGCCGUGAUACAAGUGCCUCAGACUCCAGCUGAGGCUGAGCCCUCAGCCAAUCAGAACAACCUCCCUGCUCCUGCACAGAAGAAAGCUGAGGAGAGCCAACCGUCCAAACCAGUGAAGAAGAAGAAGGCCAGAAGAGAGACAUGAGAUUGGGUUCACAGUCGAUAUGCAAAACCACUCCAUAUCCUGUUUAUGCAACUCACUGGCCCACUGGUCAUGUCAUGGAUUAACAAUAGAGACCUAAAAUCAGAGAAUACCGCUAACACCUUCAAGCUCUUUGUCUUAUGUUUUGCACAAGCAUGACAUUUGACUGAAUCCAGACACACUGGAAGCUAUCAAUGCAUUUUCUGACUGAUGAUAUUUGGCACAUUCUUGUGUCUUCUAAUUCCAUAGAAUAUUUUGAUUGGAACACCGUAGUACGAUUUUAAAUCUAGGAAGGAAAAAAAUAAUAAUUCUGAUCAUGUGUAGAAAUUGUGAUGUUGUGAUUUUGAGAUUAAUCAUGUGUGGAGAAAGUGGACCUCUUGUGGUCUGGACUACAGGAAGCCAAAGUCUGAGACCAGCUCCUGUGUUCCAGCCAGACAUUUAUUCAACUGUCUCAUUUCAGCUUUUUUUGCCAGUCCUAUUGGUAAAGCAACCAUUCUAGUAACCGCUCUUCCAGUCUAUCCUGUUGACGGGUCCUUCAGUGUUCCGCACCUGUAUACAGAGAGCGUGAAAUGGUCUGUUGUAUUGCUCUUCACUCUGUGAUGGCGUAUCAAGAGCCAAACAGGUGUCGCUGUUCCACCCCGACAUCCCCGAACUGUUUCCAUCCUCGUCCACCUGUGAUAGACGAUUUAAAAAGCCCUCCAAAGCCUUUUGUAAACCCCCUUUGUAAUAAAGAAUUGCAAAGCCAUAUGUAUAAAAAAAAAAGGCAAAAGAAUAAAGGCUCUUUUCUAUAUUUGA